AUGUCCGACAUCACAACCCAACACACCCUAGCCAUUACUCCAUCGUCUCGUCAAGACAUUGUCAGUGCACUGCUCAGCGACUAUGGAAAUUCCUUUGAGCCGGACGGCAAGUCCCCGUCAGUCUACUCCCCUGCGUCAGUGACCAAGGAGCUCCCUCCGCCUCCGCCACGAUCAGACAGCAUCGCGCGCAAACCUGUACCUGCUUCAGAGCGAAUGGAUGCCAAAUUCCAACUUCGAGAAGACCAAGACGCACCCCUAUCGCCAUCUAGCUCAGUCGGAGGCUCCCCACGACCAAGGAAGCGCAUUGUGUCACGUAGCCUGUCUCGCGGUUCCAGACCGGCUUCGCUGAAGCUGACCAUCAGCAACGGGUCAACAGCAACAGUCCCUUCACCAUCGGCCUUUCCAUUGCCGUCUCAAUCCAUUCCUUCACCAGUCUCUGCAGUAGAAGAUCUUCCCCCGCCACCUCCACCUAAAUCGGAUCGAAGGGAGGAAAUGGGAGGUAGAGUUUCAAAGCAAGCCAGGGAGCGGAAUGAUUCGCUCUUGUCGCAAAACAAGUCGAGUGACGCCUCGCCGCCAGUUGUGAAGCGCAAAGCUGUUCCAGAGGCUGUCAAGGCUUUCAAGAGCCUGGCAGAACUAGGAAAUGGUCCACGAGGAAGAAAGGCCGUGCCAACAGCUCCCACGUCUGCACCCAAGAGGGAAAAUAUCGAGAGCAAAGUAAGUGUGAGCAAAAUGGAGAACUCUCAACCGAAAAAGAAUCUGCCCAAUAUGCAAGCUCAGCUCCCGCCAACACCCGACGAGGAAAAGGAGGAUACGGCAUCUUUGGCACAACCAAAGAAGGUCUUUGGUCUGCCCUCGAAUCCACGUGUCAACUCUCUAGGAUCGCCUGUGAACGUGCAGGGGAAGAGCAGUACAGGCUUGAGUGUAUUGAAGGCACAAAGGCCGGCUCCCUCACCCCCUACAGUCAACAUACACGCUACUACCCCAGAGCCGACACCUUCUCCAACACUAAAACCCAUUCUCGCGGAACCAGACGCUGGAAUCUCACCCGUCUCGCCCUUGCCUCCCCCGACCAACCCGAGGACUUCAUCCAUUUACGAGCAGUCUCCUGUUGUCGCUGAGCCCAUCGCCGAGCCACAGCAACAACCUCCAGUAUCAAUGCAACAAGAGAUCAAGCCAGAAUACACAAACCCUGCGCCUCCAUAUGCGCCAACACCACCAAUCAACGCCAAGCCACCUGCUCGCAUCACCUCACUCGAGUUCCCACCACGCUCUGAUUCUCGUCCUUUGAGCGCGCCCUCGCGCCCCACGUCCAUCAGCGUCGGCAUCCCAAAUAUAUCCCCAUCUCCCGGACCUUCCAUCCCUCCAUCCCCCGUCGCUAAAGACAACGAACCCGAAAUCGCCACGGAACCGAAAGAAGUCACGGAGCCCACCGAAGCCAUGGAACCCGCAACACCUCCUCCCUUUGUGCCCCUAACCGAGCAAUCCAUCCCCGUACCCUCCUCGCUCGUCCCACAAGUCACAAACAAGCACCUACACUGUUACACCGGCCACGCCCAGAACAUCUGGUCCAACAAUGUCUUCCAGCCCAUGGCCUGCAUGGUCUGUCGCGAGAACGGCAAGGAACGCAAGUGGUGCUGCACAUGGUGCCAACUCCGCAUCUGCAAGGCCUGCAGCGACGACCUCAUACGUACCCCCGCGCGCAACCUCGCUCUCUUGCUGGAUGCAAAGUCGAAAGCGUAG